UGUACAUUUCCGCCCAACACGGGGACUUGUAUCCACGAUUCACACGUAACAGGGACUGACCUCGUGGACAUGUCCAGUGCGGGGAAACUGGACUAUGAAUCAUGUUUUAUUCGGCACUGAGAUAUCUCUACCGUAUAGGCAGUAGACACAACUAUGUUGGCAAUACAGCGAAGCGUUUUGCUGAACCUUCACGAUGCUGUGCAUGUGCCGUCACGCAACUCCAAAACCCCCAGAAGAUGUGUAGGGGUUGGUCGUUGGAGAGAAAUAUCGUAAGAACUAAGCGACCAUACAGCACAAAAAUAACACAAGCUGACCUUCACUUCAUCAGAACACUUCAACGCAGUUUUGAAAAAAAUCAGUGGGACCUCGAAGGACGGAGUGUAGCAGAGAUUAUUCGUGAUUACGAGAAUGAAGGUAGUGCAGAUAGCCUUGACGGAGUGCUACGGUAUAUGUGGGCUGUCUGCUGUCUUUUGAAGGAACCACCUACGUCCCACCUAAAUGGUCAUUUAUUGCAAGAUGAAAGGUUAUCAUCAGCCCUGCAAACCAUCCUCAACAAGGGUUUGAUGAAGGAAAGUAACCCAAAGACAUUAAGCAGAUUGUUGUUAUUUGGGGGCAUAAUUCGUCCAACUUCAGAAGUCCUCCACUUUUAUGCGGAAGUGGAGAAAUGCUCGUCUCAGUUAUGGCCACAAUGGGAUUUAUAUUCUAAGACUCAUUUCUCUUUCUGGUGCAUAUACCUGUCUGCAAUACAUAAGCAGAAGUACUUUGAAGAAGAAAUCCGUUAUUUCUUGAAGAACAUCGUGAGUGAGUUAAUGGAGGAACCUGAUGAUGGAAUAUUUCUUAGACUUUUUGAAGUUGCAGUUCGUGUUUCCCAUGAACAAGGUGGAAAAUGGGUGGAUGUUAAAGAUGUUACAUUGUGUUUGCCAAAGCUUGAAUUGUGGUAUUUUUAUAAUGAAAACAUUGCCGUACAAUUAAAACCCAAUUUCAUUUUUGCAUAUGUCCAACUCUGUUUUAAAGUUCAGCAUUUGGUGUCCAAGGACAUUUCAAGGAAGAUUUUGAAGAUUCUUCAAAAGUCAUUGCUUAGUGAUGAACCUGAAGAGGAGAAGAUAAAGGCUUUAGAGUCAGUUCAAUGGAUUUUGAAGUUGAUCAGCUUUCAGAAGUUGAAAGAACAUUACAUGCAGUAUGUUACAGAACUUGCUGAAUUAUUCAAGAAGCAUGCUUCUCUUUUGCCAUUAAAGCAGCAGGUGGCUAUCUUGAGCUCCUUUGCUAGUAAAAAAAUGUGCUAUUCUGAUCAUGAAAUGCUUUUGAAAGUUGUUGAGAACUUCAUGGCUAAUUCACAUGAUAUUGGUGAGGUUCGGCACUUAGUUGAUGCUCACCUACAAAUGGAUUGCAAGCCAAGCAUUGCUUUUUUAACAAAAAUUAGUGAUUUAAUGCAAAAUCAGGGGGAAAACGCCGCCUCUUUCCAAUUAAUAAGCAUUGCUUGUCAUUUGAUGGGCCAUGGCUAUCAGGAAGACUUCAGUGGAAUACUAGAUUGUUGUUUGGGCUCUAAUCUAAUGAAGGAAAUAGAUAGUGUGAAUGAAGGCAAGGGACAUGUGGAUAGGAUGAGACAUCUCGUGAAGUUGUGUGGAAGGUUAGAAGUAGCCAAAAUUGACAAAUAUGUCAAGCAAAUUCCACCAACCCUCUACAAACUCCAUAGUAUUCAAGACCAGGCAGAUUGCUUGAAUGAAAUUUGCCAAAAACUGGGAUUUCAGGGGCUCUUAGCAGCUGUACGGAUGAUUCUUGGUGGUCCCCACACGGCAAGAAUCAUGCCAGUUCUUGCCAUUUCUUAUCCAGUUGUGGAAUUUUGUUUGAAUGAAUUUAAUGAACCUGUAGACGUGAAGCAGGUGCCCAGAGCCUUUGACCAAACUGGAUUACUUAAAAUGGAAAACAUGUCUGCCUUGCCAGAAGGAUGGAGCAGGGUAGCAGUGUGGCUUCUGCGUCAUUAUCAUGUCUGUUUUAACAAGCCAGACUUAAAUGGUGAAACGAAGGCAGCUUUACUGUACCUAAAACUUGCAGGGUACAACCAUACUGUGGUGGUCAAAGAUCUUUGGAGGAAGGGAAAUUCAUCUUACCACAGUCAUGUGAGAAGUGAAUUAAAUAAAAUACAUGGAAUACGGUUACCCAGAAGUUAGGAUACUUUGGAGUGCUUGAUGAGAGCAUUGAUUUAGAAGACGAUUAUGGACAGCUGCCAUUGAUCAGGAACCAGACUCGCUAGAUGUGAACCAGACCAUUUCGGCAUCUGAAUCUUUAGUAGUAUGAUUGAAAAAGGCAAAUUGUAUCUCAACCACUUGGAGUUUUACAUUUUUCUCAGCUAAAAGAUUGUGUUCUUGUGUGUAUGUUUAAAAACCUUCAUGUUUAGCUUUAAAAGUUCAUGAAUCUUAACAUAAAUGAGUACUGACAUAAUUACUUGGGAUCACAUGUAGCACAGAGUCAGUGUUAAAGUAUGGGGACAGACUAUUACUGAUAAAGGUGGUGGAGUUGUGGUGUCUUGAUCAACCCCCCUCCAGGUUGACCCUGUAAUGAAAAUGUGGACAUUUGAAAUAUGGCUAAUGCUAUACCCGUCUUGAUUGGAACUUGGCAACUAUGGCGGUGACAUCUUCAUCGUUUUAUUUUUGAAGAAUGGAAAAAAUUCUCACUCUGACUUAUGUUAAAUAUUGUGGUAUAUUUUAUGUCCGACUAGUUCACCUUAUAGAUGUGUAAAAAGUGUACACCCGUUUUAAUGUUACCUUGAAAUAAAGAA